GGAUUCCAUCCUUUUUAGCUUUUGAACCUCAAUUUAAACACGAUACCAAUCUGACGAACUGUUUUUUUUUAAAGUGCAUGAUUGAAAUCAUCUAACUCAACUAACUACAACAAGAACUAAUCCAGUCGGUUAUUCAACACAAUCAUGUCCAAUGCACUUUUAUUACGACUCUUUCGCUCGGAAUUCUUCAACUCCUGGAUUGCUGUAUCCUAUUUAUUUCGAUACCCUGACAACGUUGGCAUUCAACAUUACCUUUGUAGUGAACUUAACAAAUUUCCCGUAUCUGAAAUCGAGUUUUUCUUGCCACAACUCAUUCAUCUACUUAUUACGCGCCCAUCCGAUUCGGUGGCUCUGGAAUGUUUUCUUGUGGACUUAUGUGAAAAAUCAACUCAUAUGGCAAUUAUGACAUUAUGGUAUUUACAAGCUUAUGUCUCUGAUUUAUCCGCCAAUCCAAAUAGUCCUUCAUUUGCUUUAUGUAGAAGAUUACUCAACAAAUGUCAAGCUAUUGUAUUCUCGGAUGGUCAUACAGCUGAUCUAGAAUUAGCCGAUGCCGCCUCAUCCAUGAAUUUGGGUAUUUCCACUCACAAAGUUCAAGAAAAUGCAUUACCAGCUUUGGUGGGUAUAGGUGCCAUGUUGACUGCUAUAGGACAACCACUCAUGACAAAACCUGCUGGACAAAUCGCUAUUGCUCAAGGUCGCCGGAAUAGUAUUUCAUCCUCAAGCAUUUCUAUUGGAUUGACUCGUCGAAAUACCAUGAAUGGAGCUAGUCCUGUAUCAAAUCCAGAACGACUUCAAGUAGAUGAACAGCAGGAAAUAGAGAGUGAAAUAUCUUCGAUUAACAAGGACAGCGGUAGGACUAGCAUAGCACCAACAACAACAGAAGCACCUUCAGCAGUCCAGCAACAAAAUGCAGCAUAUGAACAACCAUAUCAAUCAUCGUCACAACCUGAACUUCCAAUUUCCAAGAAGAGGUUAUCCCAAUUCAACCCAUUCACAAGCUCACCAUCUCUAGAAGACCUUCAUCAUGGAAAAGCAUUUGCAAUGUCUCGAUAUCUUAAAUCUGCUCAAAACAAAUUCAAUCGAAAACUCCAACCUCGAUCAUCCGCACUUCAUGACAGCAAAUCCUCAUCAUCUCGAAAAUCCAGCACUAACAACAAUAAUAAAUCGUCUGUCAACAUUUUUGAUCCAGCUUUAACAGCUCUUGGCCAGUCCUCUGUACCAACGAACAAUACUGCACCACUUUCACCAGCACUGACUCAUUGUUCCUCAGAUGAUCUCCUACGAAGUAAUCAUAGUCGACCAUCUCAUCUACCUAGUGUAUUUACUCUAUCUGAUGACAAUGAUGAUUCAACCAGUGAUGACUCUGAUAGCGACCGAUCUAUUGACACUUCAUCCACAUUUUCGGAUGACUCGACUGCAGAAACUGAACAAACAAUGAAACAACAAGGACGACAUAGCAACAAGAUGAAAAAGGAAAAGAAAUAUUUUACCGACAAGCAAAAAACUAAUACUGAUUCUGAUGAUUCAUCUUCUGAUUCUGAUGGCUAUCAAACUUUGGCGCGACUCAGCACGGAUCAUAGGAAAUUAUUACUCAAAUCCAAUUAUUUUCGGUCAGAAAUACAGUUCGUACUUGCCUUGGUGGAUAUCGCGACUCGAUUGGUGAUUGUACCGAAACCUGCAAGAAUGAGUGCUCUACAUGCGGAAUUGGCGUUAUUGAAUCACAACCUACCAGCUGAAGUAUGUCUUCCUCUCUGGUGUCCAGCAACAGCAGAAAAACCUUAUCAUCAUCGUGUGGUCAGAAUCAAUCCUUCGGAUGCGGUGGUACUCAACUCAGCUGAACGUGCUCCUUAUCUAUUGAUGAUUGAAGUAUUGGAAGAUGAGAUGAGUUUUGACGAUGACUAUAUGUCUACAAUGUAUCGAAUGCGACGGCACCAUCAUCAUUCCCAUCGAUCAAAACAGCAACGGAAACAACUACUCGACCACACAAAUGAUGGUGAUGACAAAAAUGGCAACAGCAAUGACAUUGGCACUUUCAAGACAUCUCAAUACAACAGUGGCAAGAAUAAGAAGAUGAAGAAAAAGGUACGGAAACGACAAAGCAAGACAAAACAUGGAUUAUCAAUAUCGGAAUUUGCCAAGAGUACCACGACUGCUUCGAAAGCGGUAAGAUCAGUGCCUAUGGUAGAUAUGGGUGAAUGUCUUGGAGGAACAGCCGCAGCCACUUUGACAGCCAAAAUAUCAGGGACGUCGACAAAUGAUCUCACAUUAUCAGAUGCAACUACAUCAACAACUACGACUAGACAACAUCGAACUUCCAUACCAUCAUCAUUGGACGAUCAUGCAGAAAGAAUGCGAACAGCCGCUGUCAUGUUAGCUCAACUUCAACAAAAUUCAUCAUCAGCACAAGCAUCCGCAGGAGGAUUUGGUACUGCCGAUAUGACAAAAUCUAUACUUUCCACACCUCGUCAAGGCACUGAACAAAUUCGACAAAAGAUCAUAAAAGAAAUGCUUGCUCUGGAAGAUCAAAGGAUGGAAAAGAUGAAAAAGGAAGGCGUUAGUGGUGGUGUAGAUGAUGAUGACGGUGGCAAUGAAUUAUUGGAUGAUGAACGAUAUGUUGCUCAAGUGGUCAACAAAGAAGAUCCUAGUGAUUGGGAAGUGAAAAAAGCAAGAAUUCGUGCAGCGUCUCCUUAUGGGCAUUUACCAAAUUGGCGAUUAUUGUCAGUGAUUGUAAAACAAGGAGCUGACCUACGUCAAGAACAAUUUGCAAUUCAAUUGGUGAGAGAAAUGCAACGUAUUUGGCAAGAUACAGGUGUGGAUGUCUGGGUGAAAUAGUAAGUAAUUCAAAAAAAAAAAAAAAAGGAUUAU